GUCAUUUGCUGCGAAACGUCUUGCUCCCGAGUGAGAGAGAGAGUGGUAGAGUGACUGGCCUGACGCUCACCACCUUCAUUUCUUACUUCAGCAGAAUCAAGCAGCAAUUCUUUAGGACUGUUGAGAAUGCCAGGAGUCCACGCAAGCGACCCCUGGAAGACAGUAGGUAGAGGAGACCUGCUGUGUAAGUAACAAGGAGAAUGGAACAGUUCCACAAAGAAGCUCAGGCAAGAGUCAAAACGAUUAUGGCAGCUUAUGAUCGGAUCAGUGACGAUGAAGAUGUGUCUACCAAGCAGCCCUACAAAUCCCUGCGGAAAAAGGCAUGCACCAGCAGAGACGAGCUGCUGCUGCCCAUCAACCGGUCAUAUCAGUUAAAGCCAUCCCUGCAUUGGAAGCCCCUCCCACCGCCACCUCUCACUUCCAUCAAAGAGGAUGAGCCAGACGUGACAGAAGUGACAGCAGUUCCUACAGUUGACAGAAAAUGCUUUAAGAUGACAAAAGCCACAGAUGUAAGGGAGGUCACCAGCAGGCAGCCACCCAUCAGGACAAAGUCUUUAGCAGUGAGGCCCCUGAGGCAAGACUCCACCCCAAGCACCUCCAGCAGGAUUAUCCCUCCUAAGCUCAAUGACAGAAAAAUCUUGAAAACCGACAAAAAUGUAACAGUCAAAGAGAAGACAGGAGCUUGGCCCAGAAAUUGUUUAGGAGCCAGCAAUUAUGGUGACAGUAACAAGAAGCCCCUGUCCUCUGCCUUCACCAAAUGGAAACCCACCACCAUAACAGAGAGUAUCCACAUUGAGGAGAAGAAGCAGUACCAACAGUUGUUACAGCAGUGCACCCAGAACCAGUCGCCCUCCUCUCUCUCUCCCUUGCACAUUGUAUGCCAGAUUUCUUCAAGUUCCUCCAGCUCCUCAAGUCCUGUGAUGCAUGAUGUGAGAUGGUCCAGAAAUUCCUCCAUUGAGUCAGUCCAGUCAGAUGCCGGGAGGGAGAAUAUGUCACCUGUUAUUUUUACAUCCAGCAAAUUAUUGAGGACUUCAGACAAGAGUAAAACCAGCAGGAAGGAGAAGGAGGAAUCAGAGGACCACAAGAGACCUGCCACUCACCAAAAAUCCUCCGGAUCAAGGAUUCCUCUGUCAGACAUAACCAUGAGGAAGGAGUUCAGAAAUAGCAGAGAGAAAAUGAAUAAGAUGAGUGAAUCUGUCAUCAGGAGUGGGAGCCUGCGUACCAGUGAUGAAGAGGAGUUGUCACUGGGCCAGCUAGUACGGCAGCAGCACGCCAAGGGGAAGAAGCCUGAUGCAAUACCUGUGAUAGACUUGUGCCACUCAGAUAGCGACAGCAUUGAGAGUGUCAAGGAUUCCGAAAGUGACAGUAUAGAGAUCGUGGAUGAGUUCCCUAGUAGCAGGAGAAAAACUGAUCUUCUCAAGGAUUUGUACAACGGAAAGUGGAUGGAGGCUAAACAAGAUGAGUUUAGCAGUAUUGACCUGAAGGCAAAGAGCAAAAGCAUAAAGGAUGAAGAACUACAGUCAGAAAAAAUGAAUCGAGUGAAUGAUCUCCAUGAAAAAGUUAAGAGGUUGAAGCAACUUGACAUCAUCUUUGCCAUGCCAGAGAAACACAGAGCUGCCACGGCCUCAGUCAAGAAGCAAAUGUUUAUCCCCUUGACACCAGAGAUGCAGGAAGAGAUUGAGGCUGCACUGGUCCCAUAUCCAAAGUCAGAAGUUCUCAUUCACAAGUUUAACAUAAAGAUUACUCGCCGGGACAUCGCCACUCUGGACGGCCUGAACUGGCUCAGUGAUGAGGUGGUGAACUUUUACAUGAACCUGAUAAUGGAUCGCAGCGUGAGGAACAAGAGGCUUCCAAAGGUGUACGUCUUCAGCACUUUCUUCUAUCCCAAGCUGUACCAGAGUGGCCACAAGUCUGUCUCCAGGUGGACCAAGAAGGUUGACAUCUUCACUUACAACAUCCUACUGGUCCCCAUCCACCUCGAUGUCCACUGGUGCAUGGCCAUGGUGGACUUCAGGAAGAGGUGCAUCACUUACUAUGACUCCAUGCUUGGUGAUAACCCUGAGUGCCUUGAGCUCCUGUUGGAAUAUAUAAAGGCUGAACACUUGGAUAAGAAGAAAAUAGCUUACAGAACAGCAGCCUGGAAACUGGAAUGUGCAAAGGACAUUCCUGAACAGAUGAACGGAUCAGAUUGUGGGAUGUUCUCCUGUAAGUUUGCCGAGUUCAAGUCCCGUCUUGCCCCUCUGGACUUCACUCAGGAGGACAUGCCUUACUUCCGCCAGAGGAUGGUGUAUGAGAUCAUCAAGGGCAAGCUGCUGGAGGGAUACGGAGGAGAUGAAAUAUUACCAACCUUUACCUCAGAUGAUGCAUGUUUAUAUUCCAUUUUACCCAAAGUUACAGUUUACACUUGGUUCGUGCAUUUUGUGGAUUAUUUUCAGAGUAAAUAACCAGUAUGGUUAAUCUAUAAAUGACUAUUAAGUUCAGAAUAAAACAUGGGAGUUUGUCUUUAAUCAGCAAUUCCCUUGUAUGUUUGUAUGCAUGGCAAUUAAACUUUUAAAAGCAA